CUGUGGUUGCAGUGCUGCUUCAGAAUCACUGGCAGCACAUCUCGCCAACCCGCGCACGGAAUAAAAAAAAAAUAAAAUAAAAUAUUGGGAGUGCAUGGCGAGAGCGCGCAGGAGCACCAAGCGCGCGUGCACAGCUGUCAGGACCAAGGACAGCGACCGCUUAGCCCGGAGCGACCUGCGACGGAACUUCGGCGUGAUCGUCCCCCGAGUGGCUCACACGCUUCACGAGGCACUGCAGAUCCCGUGGGCGAGGACAUUUUUCACCGGAGAAAGAGUCGCGCUGCCGUCCAGAAGCCGCUCGAGCCGAGCCGCCUGCACCAGGGAGAGAAGUGCGCGGGCAGGGGGCUUCAGUUUGACGGUGCUGCUGGCGCAAACGAUGCGGCUCUUUCUGCUGGCGGUGGUCGUCUGGUGCUCGUGCGCGCGGGCCGGCUGCGAACCGAAAAUCGUCAACAUCGGCGCCGUCCUCAGCCAGAAGAGGUACGAGCAGGUCUUCAAGGAUGCCGUCACCCAAGCCAACCAAGUCUAUGGACGGGACAAAUUUAAGCUCACGGCCAUCUCCGUCACGCAUAAACCGAACGCCAUUCAGAUGGCCCUGUCCGUAUGCGAGGACCUCAUCUCCAGUCAGGUCUACGCCAUCCUGGUGAGUCACCCGCCCCAGUCCAAUGACCACCUGACUCCGACACCUGUCUCCUACACCGCAGGCUUCUACCGCAUCCCCGUGGUGGGGCUCACCACUCGCAUGUCGAUUUACUCAGACAAGAGUAUCCAUCUGUCCUUCCUGCGGACCGUGCCCCCCUACUCGCACCAAGCGCACGUGUGGUUUGACCUGAUGCGCGAGUUCAACUGGAACCACAUCAUCCUGAUCGUGAGCGAUGACCACGAGGGCCGAGCUGCUCAGAAGAGGCUGGAGACGCUCCUGGAAGAGAGAGAAACCAAGGCAGAGAAAGUCCUCCAGUUCAGCCAGGAGACUAACUUAACGGCCCUGCUGCUCGAGGCCAAAGAACUGGAGGCUCGAGUCAUCAUCCUUUCGGCCAGCGAGGAAGACGCCGCCGCGGUGUACAAGGCCGCCCGCUUCCUCAACAUGACGGGCUCGGGCUACGUGUGGCUGGUGGGCGAGCGGGAGAUGUCGGGUAAAGCGCUGAGUGAGGCGCCAGACGGUUUGAUCGGCCUGCAGCUCAUCAACGGGAAGAACGAGUCGGCUCAUAUCAAUGACGCGGUGGCGGUUGUGGCCCAGUCCGUCCAAGAGCUCUUUGAGAAGGAAAAUAUCACUGAGCCACCAAGAGGAUGCGUGGGCAACACCAACAUCUGGAAAACGGGACCUCUAUUCAAAAGGGUGCUCAUGUCAUCGAAAUACCCGGAGGGGCUCACAGGACGUGUGGAGUUCAAUGACGACGGAGACAGGAAGUAUGCCCACUACAGCAUUCUCAACUACCAGAAGAGUCGACUCAUUCAAGUGGGCGUUUAUAAUGGGACGCAGGUGGUCAUGAACAAUCAGCGUAAGAUUAUCUGGCCCGGCGGGGAGACGGAAAAACCACAGGGCUUCCAGAUGUCGACUCGAUUGAAGAUAGUGACAAUACACCAGGAGCCAUUUGUUUAUGUGAAACCCACUAUGCCAGACGGAACGUGCAAGGAGGAAAUGACAUUAAAUGGAGUCUUAAUUAAAAAGGUUAUCUGCACUGGGCCCAAUGAGACCAUCCCAGGUAACACAUCAGGACGCCCAAUUGUGCCGCAGUGUUGUUAUGGAUUCUGCAUUGAUCUGCUGAUCAAGCUGGCUAUGACCAUGAACUUUACCUACGAGGUUCAUCUGGUGGCUGAUGGGAAAUUUGGAACGCAGGAGCGGGUGAACAACAGUAACAAGAAAGAGUGGAAUGGCAUGAUGGGAGAGCUCCUGGGGGGCCUGGCUGACAUGAUUGUUGCCCCGCUGACGAUAAACAACGAACGAGCCCAGUACAUUGAGUUCUCCAAACCCUUCAAAUAUCAAGGUCUCACGAUUCUCGUGAAAAAGGAAAUCCCUCGCAGUACACUGGACUCGUUCAUGCAGCCGUUUCAAAGUACUCUGUGGCUGCUGGUGGGUCUUUCGGUACAUGUGGUGGCGGUGAUGCUUUACCUACUAGACCGGUUCAGCCCCUUUGGAAGAUUUAAAGUCAACAGUGAAGAAGAAGAGGAAGAUGCCCUCACCUUGUCAUCUGCCAUGUGGUUCUCCUGGGGAGUGCUUCUGAACUCUGGAAUUGGAGAAGGUGCACCUCGCAGCUUUUCAGCGAGAAUUCUUGGUAUGGUGUGGGCUGGCUUUGCCAUGAUCAUUGUGGCUUCCUAUACUGCCAACUUGGCUGCUUUCCUGGUGCUGGACCGGCCUGAGGAGCGCAUCACCGGCAUCAAUGACCCAAGGCUCAGAAACCCCUCUGACAAGUUCAUCUACGCCACGGUGAAGCAGAGCUCCGUGGACAUCUACUUCCGGCGGCAGGUGGAGCUUAGCACCAUGUACCGCCACAUGGAAAAGCACAACUAUGAGAGUGCCGCCGAGGCCAUCCAGGCAGUGCGUGACAACAAGCUGCAUGCUUUCAUCUGGGACUCUGCGGUGCUGGAGUUUGAAGCCUCGCAGAAGUGCGACCUGGUGACCACGGGAGAGCUGUUUUUCCGAUCGGGCUUUGGCAUAGGCAUGCGCAAGGACAGCCCCUGGAAACAGAAUGUGUCCCUGGCCAUUCUCAGUUCUCAUGAAAACGGCUUCAUGGAAGAUCUAGAUAAAACCUGGGUGAGAUACCAGGAGUGUGACUCGAGGAGCAAUGCCCCAGCCACACUCACCUUUGAAAACAUGGCAGGAGUCUUCAUGCUUGUGGCUGGUGGCAUAGCAGCAGGGAUCUUCCUCAUCUUCAUCGAAAUAGCCUAUAAACGCCAUAAAGACGCCCGCAGGAAGCAGAUGCAGCUCGCCUUUGCGGCCGUUAACGUUUGGAGGAAGAACCUGCAGCCAUCUUCCUCUCUAGAGACUCAGGAUGAUAGAAAAAGUGGUAGAGCAGAGCCCGACCCCAAAAAGAAAGCCUCUUUUAGGUCCAUCAGUACCACCCUGGCCUCCAGCAUCAAGAGACGUAGGUCCUCCAAAGACACGCAGUACCCACCCACUGACAUCACGGGACAACUCAAUUUGUCCGACCCCUCCGUCAGCACUGUGGUGUAGGGAGCAUGACCCCCUCGCCCGACCCCCUCCACCUCCCGAAGCCUCGCUGCCCUCCCCCCAACCCCUACCCCAGCCGAAGGAGAGAGGAAACAAGAACAGGAAGGUGACGUGAGGAGAGUGGUCUCGCGCGUCCUUUCCCCGCCAACCGAUGGAGCUUGUGGAGGAGCUGAAGACGUGGCUCAAAACCCUCAACUUGCACCUUUUUGAACAGUCAGGAUUACCUGACCUUUCCAGGUAGAUGUUUGUAGGCUCCCCGAGCAUGCACGGAGCCAUCCGAAUCACAUUUACAAUUUUUCCACAUGUAUAUUACUACUUCGAUACGUCAUCUUUUAUGUCAUUUCGCCGACUUUAGUUACUGACUUAAACCUUUUGUCGUUGAUUCCAAUUUUCUUAAUCUGCCUCAUCGCUUUCUGCCGUGCCGUUUAGUCACAAUGAAUAAGCCACUUUUAAUACCAGUACUGUAACAUAUCACUUCCAAGUAGAGCCUAUUAAACACUGUAAUAGUUCAUGGGAGGGAGGGGGGGGGGGGUUUGGGCACAAUCCUGCAAUAUUUACUGUAAGCUUCUUCUGAGGAAUUGUCGGUGUGACCUUAGGCAAAAUAGUUUUGUGUUAUUUAUGUCAUUGGGAAGCACUACUAAAGAGCCUAAUGAUCAGUAUAGUAUCAGAUUAAUCACUAGAGCAUGUGCGUGUGUAUGAGCUACUAUUGAAUGCCACUGGCCAUGUAAUACUCAU